GUUCCCGACUCUCUCGUCGUGAUGGUUCAAUUGUUUCAAAUCGUAAUAAUUCGCGCUACAGUGAACACAGCAUGGGCGAUGACAGCAUGUCACGUGACACGAAUAGAAAGGCAAAUGGUAAAGAUGAGGAGUCAGGUUUUACCAGUCGACAGACAAAUCUGUCGCGUCAAGAUGUAGAAAAAACUCCGCAAAGUAGUCCAAACUCUUAUCGCAACGACUCUAGCAGUUGGAAAAAUAAAGUCGGUUCUUGGUUUGAAAGCGAAUCAAUGGAUGAAAAAUCUAAAUCCAGUCGAAAUUCACAAGUAAAUAGAAAGCGAAAAGAUAAGAAAAAACAUCAACCUAAAGCUCGGCGUUCUUCAACACGAAGUACAAGCGUCUCAUCUUGUGCUAGUGCCAGUGAACGAACUCACAAACAAACAACGACUGUAAAAGAUGAUGUCCCACUACACAAUAUUUACACUUCACUUGACGGAAAAGAAAGUUCUCAGAUUCGCAGAGACGAUAUGUCAUGGUCUAAACCUGCAAGCAUCAGGUGGUGCACUUCAAAAGACGAAAAUUCCCCGAUUUCUUCAGCUACACGAAAAUUAUCGAAAUCAAGCGGUCAUGCUGAUGACGCAUAUAUGAGUUCUACAGAAGCAACUGUCCGUGUUCAUAAGAUCAAUCAUUCCUUACCAAAGUUGGACAAAGCCACUCGAGAGAGAGGAUUAUCUCGACUGAGCAGACUAGCUCUGCCUAAACAAUCAAAGACGACCGAAGCGACUGCUUUCAGGUACGUAAAGUGGGGAAACCAAAAGUCCUUGUCGCCCAUUAGUCCAGCCGCGUUGACCGCUGGAGCAUCAGUUAGGACCAAGGAGCUAGCCCAACCUAAGAAAUAUCCUCAGGCCUCAAAAUCAUUUUAUAUUAUGGAUGUUGAAUCUGGAAUCUGGGAAGUCAGUCCAGCAGCAAUGAAUGCCAUUGCUUCAUAUAGAGUUCUACAACUUGCUAAACCAAAACCGCAACCCGAAGGUUUUAUUGAACAAAAGCGUAUGGACGGGACAGGUAGAUCAUCGCCAAUAUGGGAAGUCAGUGAAGCAGCUAAAAACGCCGAAGAACGAUCAAGAACAAACGGAUUGGCGCGAUCGAAGACUGUGCACAACCAAUACGAGCCUCCAAAGCCUCUUCCCACAACUGUGAGUGCGGGUGCAAAAAGGGCUCGGGCGUCUCCAAGGACUGAGCAACUUGCUCAACCCAAGUGCAGGAAAGACAUGGAAACGAAAGAUCCACAAUGGGCCGUUUCCAAAUCAGCUUUGAAAGCUGUACCAUCGCAGAGAACGCUUGAACUUGCACAAGCCAAAAGACUUGCAAGUGGAUAUAGAAAACCUUUAGAACCUAACAGACCUGUUUCCAGGUCCGCAAUUCAGAGAUCUCCAACAGAGCGUAUCAGAGAGUUGGCACAACCAUUAGCAAGAAGGGCGACUGUUGUAUAAAUGACGAACGCAAUCAAAUAUUUGUAGCAUUGAGAAGCUUUUGUGAAAAGACGUGUUGUUUGCUGCAAGAAACAUCUCAAAAACACUGGACUUCUACACAAAUGAUUAAGAAUCAUUCUUUGAAAAUUUGAAAUUGAAAAACACGAUAGAAACAAAGUGAUCACUACACGACCAAAGAAAAGAUAGUCUUUCACUCUCAAUAGUUAUUAUACAUUUCAUCUAUUUAUGUAGGAGAAUGCAUUAAGAUAUAUACAAUUCUUUUGGCUAA